GCUGCGUUUGCUUAAUUUUCUAAAAUUUUGAGGAGUAGCAGUGAUAAUUUAUGUUCUUUUUGUGACUGUCUGCGGAAUAGUCGCUAGUUCCGUACGUCUGAACGGCCCCAUUCGAUUCGGUCCUUGGCAAACCGCGAAAAGGUGUCCGCAAGAGGCGCAUUCAGUGUGAAACGAUAAAAGUUUUCACACUUUUUUAAUCCUCUGGCCGAGAGGGACGUGCGUGUCGAUCUCGUCGCGUGAAAGUGGGAACAUCUCGUCUCGACUGUUGCCUGCGUUUGUGGCCUUUUUGUGUGGUGUAUCGUGUGCAUUUUCGUCAUCCAAAAGCUGCUACAUGGAACGGCGGAAGUCGUGUGGAUUGUGAUCCCAUCCGUGGCCCACCGUAACCACCCUUCCGCAUCUGUCCGACCGCCCCUCCCGUCUCCACCAGCAAUCAUCAUUUCCCGGAGGAGGCGAUAAAGUGCCGUUUUUGUCCGGUUCGUCGUGUGUAUGUGGGCUGCCGUAUGUGUGCGUUUGUGUGAUUGUGCGUUUUUGUAGUGUUCCCCACUCGGAGUAGUUUUACCGGAAAAUGAAUGAAAUGUUGGCAUAAGCCGAAGGUGUGUGCAUCAUCUUGUUCCGCCCAUCCGUUUCCUAGUCUCUUUUGUUACCGGGAAUCCCCCCGUCGUACACUCACACACACACACAUACUGGUGCGGAAGUGUGUGAAUAAUUGUUUGGAAGAUCCCGUGCACAUUCCGUGUGUUUUAUUGUUUCUGCUAAAGAGGAAAACCCUUCAUUGUGCGUUCGUCGCGAGCGCUGUUGGCCACCACCGAAGCAGAGUGCUCCGCUACCUGAAUGCAGAUUCGCUAACCGGUGGUCCGGUCAACGAGCAUCCCCCCACCUCUCGGCGUUUCCAUUUUCCAUCCAACUGUACUGUGCACGGAGCCAACCCGAUAGCACAGCCCGGACCGGAGCAGCAUUUCGCUUGUUAAGGAAGCCACAGCAUACUAUUGAAGCCUGGCAUGAUGGAAGUCAGCACGCAUACGACUUCGACGCUCAGUCGAAGCAAUAGCCGCACUAGCUCCAACUCUGAGCUCGAGAAGGAACUGAACGAUCUCGAUCUGAGCGGUAGUGCACACAACAAGUCGAACACGCUCAAGAAACGCAUCUCGAGCAGUAGAACACCGGCUAAGAAAGCGAAACGGAUACGGUUUUUUCGCAAUGGCGACAAGUUUUACCCGGGCAGCACGAUACCGGUCUCGGUGGAGCGUUACAGAUCCUUCGAUAGUUUAACGGAGGAUUUAACGCGACUGUUCGAGGAUAGUGUCACGUUGACUGGGGCGAUACGGGCCAUCUACACGCUCGAUGGGAAGAAGGUCGAGAAGGUGGACGAUCUGGAGGACGGCAAAAGCUAUGUAUGUUCCUGCAAUAACGAAGGUUUCAAGCGGAUAGAGUAUAAUGUAUCAAACAGCACCAGCACCAAGAACCCCAACAGACUGUCUAGAAUUAUUCGUCCCCUUUCACCGGUCAAGAAUGGUGGCUCGAACGGUGGAACGCCCCUGAAGGAGAUCGAUUCCGUUGUGCAUCCCCGAAUCGUGACGCUCAUAAGGAAUGGUGUGAAACCUCGAAAGAUCCUGCGGUUGCUGCUGAACAAACGCAACAGUCCCACGUACGAGCACGUGCUGACGGCAAUCACGCAGUGCGUCAAGCUGGAUACUGGCUGCGUGCGGAAGGUGUUCACCGUGGCAGGUGUGCCGGUCCAUAGGUUAUCACAGUUCUUCGAGGAAGACGAUGUCUUCUUCGCUUACGGUAAUGAGCGGGUCGGCGCCAAUGAUUUCGAGCUCGAGGCCGAAGAAAGUAAGGCCAUUCAGGCACACAGGAAAACGCUGCGCAGCAGUACAACGCGUACGGGGCCAAAACCGAAGAUGCCGGUCAAGAGUCACAACGAUACGUUCGUGUGCGUGGACGAAUCCUUGCUAAAUGGUAGUAUCCACCCCGAUUCGUUGCCACUGGAGCUACAGGCGAAAUACACGCUCGGUUCUGUUAUUGGAGAUGGAAACUUUGCUGUCGUACUGAAGCUGAAGGACAAACAGAAGAACACAGAAUACGCGCUUAAAAUCAUUGACAAAUCAAAGUGUUCCGGAAAGGACCACUACUUGGCAGCCGAGAUACGCGUCAUGAAGAAGUUGAACCACCCGUACAUCAUCCAACUGGUGCAUGACAUCGAGACGAUGAAAAACAUGUAUUUGGUGCUGGAGUUGGUCCGUGGUGGUGAUCUGUUCGAUGCGAUCACACGCGUAACGCGCUUCUCGGAGAACCAGUCGAAGAUCAUGAUGAAGCAUUUGGCGUCCGCCAUGUCUUACCUGCAUUCCCUUAGCAUUGUCCAUCGGGACAUUAAACCGGAGAAUCUAUUGGUCGAGCUCGACAGUGAUGGUAAUGUGGUGCUGUUGAAGCUUGGAGAUUUCGGGCUAGCCUGUGAAGUUACGGAACCGUUGCUUUCGAUCUGUGGCACUCCGACCUAUGUAGCGCCAGAAAUUCUCAUGGAAUCGGGUUACGGUGUGAAGAUCGAUGUGUGGGCUGCCGGUAUUAUACUGUAUAUUCUUUUGUGCGGUUUUCCACCCUUCGUGUCACCCGAUAAUCAACAGGAACAACUGUUCGAUGCCAUCCUGAACGGGUACUUUGAUUUUCCAGCCCCGUACUGGAACAAUAUCGGUGACAGUGUGCGCGAUCUCAUCAUAAACAUGCUGCAGUCCGAUCCCGAGCUGCGGUUUUCCAGCGAAGACAUUCUCGACCAUCCGUGGCUGACGAGCGACAUCAUGGAUGAUACGCGCGAUCCGAAUGGGGUCGUUAUUGAGGAAAGCUGCGGCCCGCUAGAAACGGUGAUGGGUAUUCCGAUCACAACCCAGUAAUAGUUCAUUCCGCUUCAGCAUCAUGGCCACUGCCUCGAGGUAGGGGAUGGAUACUUACAGGCGGGACCCCAAGAGAAAGAGAAUUUGGAUACCGUAAAUCUCAUUUCCGAACCAUUGCAACACCUCAAAUCUAUUCUAAUGUGCGGCGGGAUCUCAGCCGAAUCGUGGAUGAACAGGCGGUCAUGUACGGUCUUAUCUCCGUUGCGGCAGAAACAAAUAGAAGAAGGUUCGUGCUAGCAAUCUUCUUUUAAAUAUCAAAAAAGGACGACGAUAAUCGAAUCGAUUUGAAAUGAAAUCUUUUAUGUAUAUAAAAAUUGUAUUUAGUAGCACGUUUCAAAAUCGAAGAAAAAAGAAAACGAAUCGUAUUUAUUUGCUCGUAUUAUGAGGUAUGUCAGCUGGUUACAUGUGUUGUGCAAGAUUAGUUAGUUAAGUGCUAGCGAGUUACAGUUUUUUGUUCUAUUUUAAGCUAUUGCUACGGCUUGUUUAAGUUGCUUCUUUGCCUUGCAAAACACGAUUAUAGCAACUGAGUUGAUUAAUUUGUUUGGCUCUACCAUGCUGUAACUAUUCACUAGAACCAUAGAUAUGGCUGACAAUUGAAAGGUCUCCCCAGUGGUUACCUAUUAUCGAUUCGUGUCUGUUGCAACGUACGAGCAGCAUAAGUACUAUUUAUUUUUAGUGGCACUUUCGUUUAGUAAGGAGAAACUAACGCGAAGAAUGCGAAUCGCAAACCCAAAAAGUUUACCGCAAUAUCUAGAUUUGAUCAUUAUUUGCUUUUUAUUUUUGAGUUCUAGACAGACAGUUUCGUUGCUGGUGGCAGUACAUGUUGGCAAAAAAGACAAAGCGUUAGACAAUUCAUCAGCUAAAUCGAAAAAAAUCAAUUACCGUGUUUAAUAUAUUAGUUUUUCGGGCGAGUUACUAUCAUUGACGGAGAUAAACAACGUAUCGCCGUUUAAAAUAGGUUGUCGUUAGCUGAACAAAGAAAUACACUGAAGAAAUCAGGAAGCAAGAUCUCAAAAAAUACUUUGUCUGGUUUUUGUUUAUAUCAGUUACCAAAUAUCAUUUGCAUUUUGCUCUCAGUCGAAAAACAUUAAUUCUUGUCCCAUACUUUUUCCUCAAUUGAGCUUCUUUCAAGGUACUAAGCUAAUCAUUCCAUUUCUCCCAUAUUUGCAGCAUCUUUCCUUUACUUCUUACGGUAUCCUGAAAACUACAAAACCUCACUAACACACUUACGCCAAAUGUAUAAGGAGUUGGCGAUACUUUGAAAGGCGCGUAAAACCUAAAUGCAUAUUGUUCGAUAAUCAUCAUAUCACCUUCCUGCGUAUGGAAACUAUAAUCUCUUCAAAAGAAAAAGACGAAGGCUUUCGGUUUCUUUUUGGCACAAUCACCAUACGAAUACCUUCAGAGUAGUGAAGUAGUUUAGAGUGUGUGUCCAAGUCUGGUGCUUCUAUGUACGGUAUAGUUUGAACGCUAAGAGGACACAUGCACAACAAUCAGAAAGUAUUGUGUUGUUGUUAAGUUAUUACACCAUCAAUCAAUAUGUGUUAAACGUUCGGUUAGGGAGCAGUCAAAGGAACGCUUUGUAAGCACGCUACACAAUCUGCAAAAGCAUUGAACAACACUUAUACGCCAAGCAGCAGCAGCAGCAGCACGCUAAUGAAAUUGGGACUCAUUCCGCUCAUUGCUCUUCGCUGGGGCGCACGUACUUUAAGUGAAGCGGACACAAUGUCACGUAACAGUUCUAUGUGCCUGUUGCUGGAACGAUAGCACCCAAGGACAGGCAAAGAUUGAAACGGUUUGUCACGGCACGGAUCACUCAUUGAUACGUUUGUAGACUACGGUUUUAUAGUUACGGUAUACAGUUUAUAGACAGCUUAUUGGCUUUUUAGAAAACAUUUAUGAGAGACAGUUUCAGGAAGGAAAAUAGUAAUGAGACCGGGGUUUUCCACGAACAAAUAAAGUAACGACGAAUUUCUACUAACACGCGAGAGGCUAAUGACAACAUUUGCAGACAUACAUUCACGACUUUACCUUGCGCAGCAAUAAGUAACGUCAAUUACUUUGCGUAAUUCGAAAGGCACUUGCUACUAUCAGUUAUAGUACUAUUGCAACCGUCUUCAACGUUCUGUCCAAAUUCAAUCCUUCCUGCUAUCUUGCUAUCGCCCACAUCGCAUUGCUGCUGAUAAAUCCUUUCAUUGGAUGCUCUUUCCAGGAAAUGAUCUGAAGAAAAAUAACCUCCCUUCAUAAAUAAAACCCCGAAACAGAAAGACGCACCAUUAAAGGACAAUAAGAUAGAAUAUGACCGCACACAUUACUGGCACUAUACAGGCUAUUGUGUCGUGACAAGGAUUGGGAUAAACAUUUACAGUACUCACGCUGAGCCUCGCAAAUGGUGCAUAAUAUACAUCCAUCCAAGUUGAAAUAUGAGGCGAUCCAUAAGAAAUCAGUAUGAUCAAAUCGUCCGGUAUCACUGUGCAGCAUGCACUGGGCAAUAUUAUACAUAUACAAAAACUUACGCGAAUAGUUCAGUUAUUAAUCAUGCUUAUCUUCAACCUUCAAAACGCAAUCCACCACUCGGCCACCGGUAAUGGGUUGGACGGAACAUAUUAGAUCGCAUUGUAUAUAGCGUGCUUCAGCCGUAAAUAAUUUAUGAAAUCAGCACUCCAAAACACUCUCGAGUGAUAAGCAAAUGGGGAUUAAGGGUUUUAGCGUUUGCGCCGUUUUGGGUUUGGAUUAAUUUACAUUGGCUUCUACAAAGUGAUAUCGAAAGUGAAAUUAUCAACGAAAUCUUUCUGCACAUUAAGAAUACAGUUCUGUUGGCUUUGAGUGCAGUAAUGGGUACACGAGGGAAGAGUAGCAUCUAUAAGAGAAGCUGAAUGUAUUAGGGCGAUAUGUUCGAGAGAGUUCAAGGCAGGGCGUACAAUAUACACCAAAAACGACCGCCGGUCAGUGACGGUGUUGUAAAGUAUCGGAUAUGAAUAAAUCAUACUAAUGAGAACCCCUGAGG